AUGAAGGAUAUGCUAGAACACAAAGUCAAAACAUUCUCUGCGCUAUGGGAAACCCUCCGCGAUAUCUCGGUGAGUUUAUCCACACAAACGGCAGCUUUGACUGAUGCCAACAGCGAGGCUGAUGAAAGAGCUGAAUUCGAAAUUUCAAACAAUGCCACACUCAUACGACCACUCAUCGCAGCUGUGACACAAGCGGCUAUGAACGAAUCCGAUGCAUGCGGAUUUCACUCUGAGUUACCUCUCAUAAUACGCGGUCUCAACAAAUUGGUGGCAACAAGCGAGGCCAUUUCAAACUUUGGGUCAACUGCAGUGCUGGGUCUCACUCCAGAGAUCGUGAUGAAGGUUGGCGAGGACAUUGACAUAAGUCACCUCCACACUCUCGACCAUAUCAAGCACCAUGCGCCGCGGGUUCCAAUACCAGAUAUACGUGGGAUUCUCCAGCAGUCAAACAGCAACCGCAUCUUCUUCCUCAUGUCAAGAGCCCCUGGCGAGCCGCUAUAUUCAAAGUUGAAGUCCAUGGGCGAGGACGAGAAAGCUUCGAUCAGGCGAGUUUUGGUUCUUGCCCGCUCUAGUGUUCUACGAGACUGGAGCUGCGCUCGGCGGAGGUAA